AUGACCAACACUGAGCCUCACCUCUGUUUCCGGUCAUUUGUCGAGGCCUUGAAGGCCGACAAUGAUCUAGUUGAGAUUGACUCUCCUAUUGACCCUAACCUCGAAGCGGCCGCUAUUACUCGUCUUGUCUGUGAAACGGACGACAAGGCCCCGCUCUUCAACAACCUCAUUGGUGCUGAAAAUGGUCUUUUCCGCAUUCUGGGUGCCCCUGCAUCUCUAAGAAAGUCCUCAAAGGAUCGCUAUGGUCGACUUGCACGACACUUGGCUUUGCCGCCGACCGCAUCUAUGCGCGACAUCCUUGACAAGAUGCUCUCGGCCAGCACCAUAGCCCCAAUCCCACCCAACAUCGUGUCCACCGGUCCCUGCAAAGAGAACUUCCUCGAAGAAAGUCAGAUUGAUUUGACUAAGCUCCCUGCGCCUUUGAUCCACCAAGCCGAUGGAGGAAAGUACAUCCAGACCUACGGAAUGCACAUUGUCCAGUCCCCCGAUGGGUCCUGGACUAACUGGUCUAUUGCCCGCGCUAUGGUCUCCGACGAUAAGCACCUUACAGGUCUAGUCAUUGAGCCUCAGCACAUCUGGCAGAUCCACCAGAUGUGGAAGAAGGAAGGCCGCGACGUUCCGUGGGCUCUGGCAUUCGGUGUUCCCCCUGCCGCUAUCAUGGCCUCGAGCAUGCCUAUUCCCGAUGGUGUGACCGAGGCUGGAUAUGUUGGUGCCAUGACUGGUUCCGCCUUGGAUCUGGUCAAGUGCGAUACCAACGAUCUCUACGUGCCUGCCACCUCUGAGAUUGUCUUCGAAGGUACCCUUUCUAUCACGGACAAGGGUCCCGAGGGUCCUUUCGGUGAGAUGCACGGCUAUGUCUUCCCUGGAGAUACCCACCUGUGGCCCAAGUACAAGGUCAACCGCAUCACCCACCGCAACAAUGCCAUCAUGCCCAUGUCAUCUUGCGGUCGACUAACCGAUGAAACUCAUACCAUGAUCGGCUCACUUGCCGCUGCCGAGAUCCGCAAGAUCUGCCAACAGGCCGGUCUCCCGGUGACCGACGCCUUCGCGCCAUUUGAAUCCCAAGUGACCUGGGUCGCUCUGAGAAUCGACACCGCAAAGCUGCGGGAAAUGAAGACCACCCCGAAACAAUUCUCCAAGAGGGUUGGCGACCUGAUCUUCAACUGCAAGGCCGGCUACACAAUCCACCGGCUGGUGCUUUGUGGCGACGACAUUGAUGUCUAUAAUGGCAAGGAUGUUAUGUGGGCUUUCUCGACUCGCUGCCGUCCAGGCCUCGACGAGAUCUUCUUCGAGGAUGUGCGCGGGUUCCCCCUUAUUCCAUACAUGUCGCAUGGAAACGGAUCGCCGGUGCAGGGAGGAAAGGUUGUCUCUGAUGCUCUUCUUCCCUGUGAGUAUACUACCGGGAAAGAUUGGGAGGCCGCCGAUUUUGAGAGCUCGUAUCCUGAGGAGCUCAAGCAGAAGGUUUUGGCCAACUGGACGAAGAUGGGAUUCCGGGAGGAGUAA